AUGGUCCUCUGUCUUCUGGGGGCAGGUUCUGUGGCUGCUGGAGUUACCCAGUCCCCAAGACACCUAAUCAAAAGUCAUGAGGGGAAGGCUGUUCUGAAGUGCCAUCCUAUCUCUGGACACAAGACUGUAUACUGGUACCAGCAAGCUCUGGGACAGGGCCCCGAGUUCCUCAUUAGUUUUUAUGAAAAGGAGGAGAGCCAGAAAGGAAACAUCCCUGAUCGGUUCUCAGGAAAACAGUUUGAUAACUACAGCUCUGAGCUGGCCAUUAGCACCUUGCAGCUGGGAGACUCAGCUGUGUAUCUCUGUGCCAGCAGCUUAGACACAGCCCUGCAGGAUCAAUGGCUUUCUGUACUCAAACCUCCUUGUCCCAGAUGA